GCGCAGCUCACUUUCGCGGCAUUUCUUACAUCUCGCCCCCUCCAAUUCCUCCCAAUUCACGACUCGCCCCCCUCCCCUUCCCCACCUUAUCUCCGGCGAUCUCCUCGCCGUCUCCGGCGGCGGGGGAGAGAUGCGGGGGGCCGACCUGAUCAACCUCCUCCUCCCGGACGAGAUCCUCGACGAGGUGCUCCGCCGCGUGGCCGUGUCCGGGGCCAAGCGGGACCUCGACGCGUGCGCCCUCGUCUGCCGCCGCUGGCGCCGCCACGACCGCGCCACCCGCCGCUCCGCCAAGCUCGCCGCGUCCGGGGCCCGCGCCGACGAGGUGCUCCGCCUCGUCGCCGAGCGGUUCCCGGCGCUCGUCGAGGUGUCGGUGGACGAGCGCAUCAGCGUCGAGGCCGCCGCGGCCGGGCCCUCCUGUGCCGCCGCUAGAUCGCGCCGCCGCCCGAUGUAUGAUGUUAGUCCUUCUGGGCGCCGUAGGAGGAUGUCCCGCAGCUCAAAUUUCGGAGCGCACAUGUCCCCAUUUCCAUUGGACCAGCCGGGCAGUGAUAAUGAGACAGAGCGCACUUGCUUGACUGAUGUUGGAUUAACUAGUCUUGCCAGGGGUUGCAAAGGGCUCGAAAAACUAAGUCUGGUAUGGUGUUCUUCCAUAACUUCGACAGGCUUAGUAAGAAUAUCAGAGAAUUGUAAGAACUUGAGUUCGUUGGAUCUUCAGGCUUGCUAUAUUGGAGAUCCAGGACUUAUUGCUAUUGGUGAAGGCUGCAAGUUACUUCGUAAUUUGAACUUGCGUUUUGUUGAAGGCACUUCAGAUGAAGGCUUGAUUGGACUAAUAAAGAACUGUGGACAAUCACUUGUCUCUCUUGGCGUUGCCACUUGUGCUUGGAUGACUGAUGCAUCCUUGCAUGCUGUUGGAUCACACUGCCCUAACCUGGAAUUCCUGUCACUGGAAUCAGAUCAUAUUAAAAAUGAGGGAGUAGUAUCCGUUGCUAAAGGAUGCCGCUUGUUGAAAACUUUGAAGCUGCAAUGCAUGGGUGCUGGUGAUGAGGCCCUAGACGCUAUUGGUUUAUUUUGUUCAUUCUUAGAGAGUCUGUCACUCAACAACUUCGAAAAAUUCACGGACAGGAGCCUUUCUUCUAUUGCAAAAGGGUGCAAGAAUCUCACAGAUCUUAUUCUCAAUGACUGCCAUUUACUAACUGAUAGAAGCCUUGAAUUUGUAGCUCGUAGCUGCAAAAAAUUAGCACGCCUGAAGAUCAAUGGUUGUCAGAAUAUGGAAACUGCUGCACUGGAGCACAUUGGACGUUGGUGCCCGGGUCUUUUGGAAUUAUCUCUAAUUUAUUGUCCAAGGAUCCAGGACAGUGCAUUUCUGGAGGUUGGUAGAGGUUGCUCCCUUCUCAGGUCUCUUUAUUUGGUCGACUGUUCCAGAAUAAGUGAUGAUGCCUUGUGCUACAUAGCUCAAGGUUGCAAGAACUUGACUGAACUUUCUAUUCGGCGUGGUUAUGAGAUAGGAGACAAAGCAUUGAUAUCUUUUGCUGAGAACUGUAAAUCGCUUAGAGAGUUAACACUCCAAUUUUGUGAGAGGGUAUCUGAUGCAGGGCUGACUGCAAUUGCUGAAGGCUGUCCUCUUCGAAAGUUAAACUUGUGUGGAUGCCAACUAAUCACUGAUAAUGGGCUCACUGCAAUUGCAAGAGGAUGCCCUGAUCUGGUCUACUUGGAUAUAAGUGUUCUCCGGUCCAUAGGAGACAUGGCGCUUGCGGAGAUCGGUGAAGGUUGCUCGCAGCUUAAAGAUAUCGCGCUGUCCCACUGUCCAGAGGUCACUGAUGUUGGUCUAGGCCACCUUGUCAGGGGCUGCCUGCCGCUGCAGUCAUGCCAGAUGGUGUACUGCAGGCGAGUGAGCAGCACAGGAAUAGCGACUAUCGUCUCGGGCUGCCCCAAGUUGAAGAAGCUCCUCGUUGAGGAGUGGAAGGUGAGCGAGAGGACGCGGCGCAGAGCAGGAUCAGUCUUGUCGUUCCUCUGCACCGGGCUUUAACCUGAAAAUGGAAAAAAAAAUCUGUGUUUUAACAACUCUGUUGUUGGUCAGAAAUCGUGCUCAUGAGUUGCUGCACCCUGUGCCAUAGCUUGUUUAGCUGAAAAAAAGGUUGUAUUAACUGCAAAUAAAAUGGUGUUCUAUGUAUGUUACUAUGAUAUAAAAAUUAUGAACCAAAUAAACAGGGUUCAGUCAAACUCAAGUGAAUGAAUUGUCGCAAGUUCAAUUA